UCAAAAGUCAAAACACGCUCACACAGUCACACACUCUUACAGGCGAGAUCGCAUCUCCGUGUCCCUAUCGUUGCCGCCUCCAGUCGGUCUUCUACACUCGUCGCGCCUCCAGCAGCCUCGUCUCUGCCAGAACGCCACAGCCUCGUUGCCACUGGUCUGCUACACUGCUCUGCCAACUGCUCCUUCACGCCGCCGAGCUCGUUGUCGCCGCCGACUGCUCCUUCUCACCGCUGCUACUCAGCUCCUCUCCUGCCACAGCGUUGCCGCCGCCUCCACAUCCUCCAUUGCAUUUGCAUAAUGCAGUCAAACAUGGUGUUGUCUUCAAUGGAAGUUGAAGCUGCCCCUGAGGCAAAACCAUUGCCUCCAAAGCCUAAGUUCGAGCCUUUGAAGCCUCAUGAGAUGUCCGAUGGUCAGUUUCAGUUUCGGAAGGUAUCUGUUCCACAACAUCGCUACAAUCCUCUCAAGAAAGCAUGGAUGGACAUCUAUACUCCCAUAUACGAGCAGAUGAAAAUCGACAUCCGCAUGAAUUUGAAGGCUCGGAAGGUUGAACUGAAGACGAGGCCAGAUACACCCGAUAUUAGUAACCUGCAAAAAUGUGCUGAUUUUGUCCAUGCUUUCAUGAUGGGAUUCGAUGUCGUAGAUGCCAUUGCUCUACUCCGUCUGGAUGAGCUCUAUGUUGAGUCCUUCGAAAUCAAGGAUGUUAAGACACUUCGAGGUGAUCACUUGUCUCGCGCUGUUGGAAGAUUAUCUGGUAAAGGCGGUAAAACUAAGUUUGCAAUCGAAAAUGCAACCAAGACGAGGAUUGUGAUUGCUGACACUAAAAUACACAUUUUGGGGUCAUUUGCCAACAUCAAAAUUGCGAGAGAUUCUCUUUGUAGCCUUAUCAUGGGAUCACCCGCGGGUAAGGUAUAUUCGAAACUAAGAGCAGUUACAGCUAGACUGGCAGAAAGGUUUUGAUCUUCCUAAUCAUGAUCUGGAUUUUUUUUUUCUAAUUCUAUAGAUUAUGAGAUGAAGUGUGAUGAGGAUGAGUUAUUGUGUAAGUGGUUAGUUCUUCAAUUCUUUUUGUUAAUUCAACUAUUUGUCAAAGUUCAAAUCAGAAUUAUAAACAAUGUAAUGGAAUAAUUGUAAAGUUUUUGCUCUAUGAACAUUUAUUAUAAGAGUUUUGAAUGACUAUUCAUGCAGUCAAUGUAAA